AUGUUCAAAGCAGGCUACUACUGUUCCAUCAACAUCGAUGACGUAUAUUCUUCCUACCGGGCACUAAGUGAGCUAGGAUACGGCUUGACGUCAACCGUCUGGCUGGCUCGGAACAUUCGCUACGGCGGCUAUCAUGCAUUAUUGAAAAUAUUCGCGCGCGGAACCACGACCGGACCUGCGAGAGGGAACUCCGAACGUACGAUGAACCAGUCCCAUCCUAGGCGUACGCACGUCAGAAGAGCUGUGGAGAUGUUUCCGAUUGAGCGGAACGGGGGAAAGGAGCACAAAUUCCUUGUUCAAGCGCCACUGUGGGAUAGCUAG